AUGUUAGAACCCCCCUCAUCCCGCAAAUGUGCUGCAUUCAAACAGUCACUGACCCUUCACCGCCCAUGGGUUCUUCUCCUUGGUAGAACCCUUUCCUCGCACGCCCUCGACGCGCUCAAGGAGUUCUACACUGAGCGCGACGAGCGCGCCAAGCAGUUCGAGCAGCUCAAGGCCGAGGCUGAGGAUAAAGCGGCUGCUGCUGCUGGCGGCCAUGGAGCAGGCAGCUCUACGACGACAACCGCGGCGGCCUCGCUGAAGUAUCCUCUAUCCAUGGACACGUUUGGCGAGGAUUGGAACGAGAGCCAGUUUUGGUACUCCGAUGAGACGGCAACACUCCUCGGACACAAACUCCUUGACGGCGCCACGGCGGACACCAAGAUCGCCAUCGUGAGCGCCCCGAGCGUAUUCGUCGCGCUCAAAAACAUUUUGGCAUCACAGCCCCCCGAGAUGCCGAAGCCAUCCCUCACACUGCUAGAGCACGACCACCGCUUCGGCGUGUUCCCUGAAUUUGUCUUUUAUGAUUUCAUGCAGCCCGUCAAGUUGCCCGGCACUAUAGACCGUCUUAUAGUCGACCCGCCCUUCCUCUCCGAGGACUGCCAGACCAAGGCGGCUCUGACGGUACGGUGGAUGGCCAAGGCUGCGUCCCCAGAGACCAGGCUCAUCCUGUGCACCGGCGAGCGCAUGGAGGGGCUCGCGACGAGACUCUACAAGGCCUUUGGACUGCGGACGACGACGUAUGAGCCCGUUCAUGCCAGGGGUCUGAGUAAUGAGUUUUACUGUUACGGUAAUUUUGAGUGCGCGGAGUGGAAAUUCAGGGGUGGCGAGGCUGGUGGCGUGAAAGAGGAGGGCCGAUAG